AUGCAAUGUCAAAAUGAUACGGGCAACAUCUCUUACCAUUCGCCCGCUCUCCAGCGAAAACAGCCACCCCUGAAUCCUGUGAUGCAUACAAAUGGCGAGGCAAAUGUCACCUGUCAACGCGAGAAGCAGUCGACAUUGCAAUUCCCCAAUAAUGAGGUAAAAGCGAAAUUCGUCAUCCGGUUUCCUUUCCUGGAGCUCGUUCCGGUGAGUCCGAUGAGCGAAUAUCCUGAUCAUUGAUUGAUUGUUCCAUGCUAGCUGACUCCAUUAUUAUUAUUGGCAUGGGCAGUUCACGCGUACACUUGGGCCAGA